AUGAGAGGUCUCUGGGCCCUCACGCUUGUGGGGCUCAUCAGUGCCUGUGAGGGGAAGGAGCUGCCAGCAGCAGAAGGGGAGCCAUGCCCACAGCUCUGGGAUGAAGAUCUGGUUGAGGACAAGUAUAAGAACAUCACAGGUUUUAACCUGAUCAAACGUUUUGACCUGCUGCAGAUCUCCUCCAUCAAGAAAAUCCGCAACCCGAGGGGACCAGUGGUGCUGAGGCUGGGUGCUGUGCCACUGGUCCAGCCCACGCAGCAGGUGUUUCCCCACGGGCUGCCCCCUGCCUUCACCCUCAUCUUCACCUUGCUGCUGAAGAAGAACAGCACCGGGGAGCAGUGGUAUCUCUUCCAGGUCACCGACCGGCAAGGCUACCCCCAGCUCUCCCUGGCCGUGCAUGGCCCUGAGAAGAGCCUGGAGUUCCAGGGCAGGGCGCUGGGCACCGGCUUCGUCAGCGCUGUCUUCGCGGGCAAGGCUGUGGCGUCCCUCUUCGACGGGCGGUGGCACAAGGUGGUGGUGGCCCUGCAGGGCCAUGCCAUCUCCAUCCACCUCGACUGUGCCUCCAUCCUCUCCAAGCCGUUGGCACCUUGGAGGGCGCUGGUCCCAGAGGGCAACACCUUCCUGGGGCUGAAUGCCGUGCGUGGCACCCCGGUCAGGUUUGACCUCCAGCAAGCUCAGAUCUACUGUGACGCAGAGCUGGCCAGGCAAGAAGGGUGCUGUGAGAUCUCAACCAGUGGGUGCCUUCCUGAAGCGCCCAAGACCCGGCGGCAGGCGGAGCUGCUGCAGAGCAGUAACCUGAUCGAGCUCUCCCCGCAGCCCGAGGGCAGGCUCUACACUCGCUGCUUCUGCCUGGAGGAGCCGCUGGGCAUGGAACCAGUGAAGAAGUCCGGGGGAACUGGCCUGAAGGGAGACCAUGGGGAGAAGUGCCCGCCCUGCUCAACGCAGAUGCCCUCAGCCAACGUCACACUCGGCCCCCCCGGCCCAAAGGGCGGGAAGGGGGAGCGUGGUCUGCCUGGCACCGCUGGUGGCAAGGGGGAGAAAGGCCAACGUGGUGCUGACUGUGUGCGAUCCCACCCUGGUGGCCCCAUAGAGUGUGCCGAGGGGCCGAGGGGUGAGAAGGGGCAGCGUGGGGAAGUGGGUCUCCCAGGAGCAGCUGGCACUGAUGGGCAGAAGGGCCAGAAGGGUGAGAAGGGCGAUGGAGGACUGCAGGGCAAGCCAGGGCGCCCGGGUCGUGAUGGCCGGCCUGGAGAGAUUUGUGUGGUGGGCCCCAAGGGCCAGAAGGGUGACCCUGGGCUGGUGGGUCCUGAGGGGCUGGCUGGUGAGCCAGGACCCCCAGGGAAGCCAGGAUCUCCAGGGAUUGGCUUUCCAGGGAAGCCGGGUGACCCUGGUGGCCCCCCAGGUCCAAAGGGAGAAAAGGGCAGCUCAGGAGCUCCUGGCGCUGGAGGAUCGCCUGGCACACCUGGACCCCCUGGCAUGCUGGGGCCGAAAGGUGACAAGGGUGAGCCAUGUGAGGUGUGCCCCACGGUCUCCGAGGGGACCCUGGGUGCCAUGGGGCUGCCUGGCAAGCCGGGAGCCAGGGGAGCGCCAGGACCGCCCGGCAAGGACGGGGUCUCGGACAGACCUGGCCCCGCAGGACCCAAAGGGGACAGGGGGGAUCCUGGCAUCCACGGGCUGAAAGGGGAGAAGGGGGACUCCUGCCUGUCCUGUGAUGCCCACGUCCUGGCGGCGCUGCUGCGGGCUCCCAGCGAGGGGCUCGGGGGUGACCCAGCUCUGCAGGGUGAAGCAGGACUGCCCAGGCUGGCUGGCGUCAAGGGUGAGAAGGGGGAUGGUGGCCAGAAAGGACCCACGGGCAGCCCGGGGCUCCCAGGACACAAGGGGGACCCAGGGGUGCGGGGGCUCAAAGGAGACAAGGGUGAGCCCUGUGGGCAGUGCCCUCCCGUGCCACAGGCACUCGAAGGGGCAGCGACAGUGCUGGCUGUGCCAGGGCCACCAGGGGAGAGAGGCCAGGGUGGACCCCCAGGCAAAGUGGGCAAACCUGGUGCCACUGGCCAGAAGGGUCAGAAGGGGGAUGCAGGCAGCCCUGGGGAUCCGGGCACCCCGGGCAUGGCUGGGGUCCCAGGGCUGUCAGGUGAGCCUGGCAUCAGGGGUCCAGCUGGUCCCAAAGGCGAGAAGGGAGAUGCCUGUGUGCCCAGUCCUGCUCCUCAUGGGGACAUCUCGGACCUGGUUGGCAUCCCAGGACAACCUGGGGCCAAAGGGGACCAGGGCCCCCCGGGCAUCGGCCAGCCGGGCAGACCCGGGAAGCCAGGACUGCCCGGGGUUCAGGGGCCCCCUGGACUGAAGGGGCUGCAGGGUGAGCCAGGACCGCAGGGGAUUGGCCAGCCAGGACCACAGGGAGAGCCCGGGAGCAGGGGACCACCAGGGGCACCUGGCCCUCCCGGACCCCAGGGCCCCCCGGGGAUGGCAGCAGAGAGAGGUGCCAAGGGGUCUCCGGGACCCAAAGGUGCCACAGGACCCCCUGGGCCACCAGGAGCCAGUGUCACAGGGCCCCCGGGCCCCGAAGGGCAGCAGGGGCUUCCCGGGGUGCCAGGGUCCAGCGGGCAGCCGGGGGAGAAGGGUGCCCAGGGUGAGAAGGGAGACCCUGGGGAGUGUGCCUGCCCAGCUGGCCCCCGCCAGGACCCCACCUACGCUGGGAUGCCAGGAGCCCCAGGACUGUGGACUGGCAUCACCUGGCAGCCACAGCCGGGCCCACAGGGCCCCCCCGGAGCCCCUGGCCCCCCAGGUCCCCCUGGUGCCCCAGGCCGGCAGGGGAUGCCAGGGCACAAUGGUUUGCCAGGACUGCCUGGACCAGCUGGAGACUUGGGGCCGCUGGCAGCCAUGGCUGAGAGGAACAUGGAGGUGCUGAAGACCCUCUGCGGGGACUGUGCCCAGCUGCAGGCAGCCUUCGAGGCACCCAGCGGUGCCAAGGGGGAGAAGGGGGAUGGGGGCAUGCCAGGAGCCCCUGGCAGCGAGAACUGUGCCCGGUGCUUUGCCCAGUUCCCAAGAGAGGAGGAGGCUCGGGGUGACAGCCCUGACCCAGGCUGUGCAGGUGACCCUGGGCUGCCAGGGGCUCCGGGCAUCCCUGGUGAGAGAGGCGAGCAGGGCUCACCUGGACUGCGAGGACCCCCAGGGCCACCCGGGCCCAUCGGCCCUCCAGGCUUUCCUGGACCGCCUGGCACGCCCGGACUGCCCGGUCUCCAGGGGGAUCGUGGUCCUGCUGGGCUUGCUGGAGCCAAAGGGGAGCCGGGACCUCCGGGGCAGCCUGGCUACCCUGGUGCUGCAGGGCCCCCUGGCCUUCCCGGCAUCAAAGGUGAGCGAGGCUACGUGGGCCCCCCUGGGGAGAAAGGGGAACUGGGCCCCCCCGGCCUGGAUGGGCUCCCCGGCCCCACGGGGCCAGCGGGACCUAGGGGUGAGCGAGGGCUCCCAGGCAGUGCUGGAGAGAAAGGGGAGCAGGGUUUCCAGGGCCAGCCUGGCUUCCCAGGACCACCAGGGCCCCCAGGCUUCCCGGGGAAGGUUGGUCCUGCUGGGCCACCAGGACCUGCAGCUGAGAAGGGCAGUGAGGGCAUGCGUGGCCCCACAGGAAUGCCAGGGCCACCUGGACCCCCUGGACCUCCGGGCAUCCAGGGCCCUGCUGGCUUGGAAGGACUGGAUGGCAAGGAUGGCAAGCCUGGGCUGCGGGGUGACCCUGGCCCCCCUGGGCUCCCAGGGAUGAUGGGGCCUCCGGGCUUCAAGGGGAAGACAGGGCACCCAGGUCUGCCAGGCCCAAAGGGGGACUGUGGCAAACCAGGCCCCCCAGGGAGCACAGGCCGGCCAGGAGCAGAGGGUGACCCCGGACCCAUGGGACCCCAAGGCCGGCAGGGACCCCCGGGGCUCAUUGGACCCCCAGGCAGCCCAGGGCAGCCAGGACCUCCUGGCAUGGCUGGAGUGGGGCUGAAGGGUGAGCGUGGCUCAGUGGGCGAGCGAGGUCUGCCAGGGAUGCCAGGGCAGCCAGGACCCCCAGGCCACCCAGGACCACCGGGGGAGCAGGGACCGGAUGGACCAGUUGGCAAAGAGGGUCCCCCAGGAAAGGCUGGCAUUGCAGGACCCGCUGGCCAGAAGGGUGAAGCUGGAUCCCCCGGAGAGAGAGGUUACCCCGGGGAGAAGGGCAGAGCUGGCAUGCCAGGGGGACCAGGGAAAAGUGGCUCCAUGGGCCUCGUGGGGCCGAGGGGACCUGCAGGAGAGAGGGGUCCCCCCGGCUCACCGGGACCCGCGGGCAGCCCCGGGCUGCCAGGCCCCCCUGGGAUGAUGGGAGACCUGGUGAAUUACGACGAGAUCAAGAGGUUCAUCCGGCAGGAGCUGAACAAGAUGUUUGAUGAGCGCAUGGCCUACUACACCUCCCGCCUGCAAUUCCCGGUGGAGAUGGUGGCAUCCCCAGGGAGACCUGGACCCCCAGGAAAGGAUGGGCUGCCCGGCAGGCCGGGACCCCCCGGCUCCCCGGGGAUGCCAGGGCAGAUUGGCAGAGAAGGGCGGCAGGGCGUGCCGGGCAUGCGGGGUGAGCCGGGUGCCAAAGGAGAGAAGGGUGAGAAGGGCAUUGGGCUGAUGGGGGACAGUGGCCCCCCGGGACCCCCAGGUCCCCAAGGACCACCAGGCUACGGGAAGAUGGGUCCCCCAGGCCCUGUGGGACAGCAGGGCAUCCCUGGCAUCCCUGGCCCCCCGGGUGCCACGGGGCAGCCGGGCAAGACGGGACACUGCAGCCCGGCAGAGUGCCUGGGGGCCGUGCCCCUGGAGCAGCCUCUCUUCCAGCCUAAGAACGUCAAGGGUCCCUUCGGCUGA